AUGGAGAUAGCCAUCAAAAGUCUAAUAUUAUGCGCCAUCUUGUUGAAUAUUUGCAUCCCAACAAACGCCAUUCUGCGCAAUUCUUUACCAGAAGACGGAAAACUUAAUUUUACUGAACUUGGUGUAAAAUACGGACAUUCUGUUGAAGAGCAUGAUGUAAUCACUGAAGACGGAUACAUAUUAACCAUGUUUCACAUAAAAGGAAAAAGAAGAAAGCCUAUUUUUGUAUUCCAUGGAAUUGCUGAUACUGCAGAUAUAUUUAUUAUUCGAGGGAAGACAUCUUUGGUGAUAGCUUUAGCAAAUGCAGGGUACGACGUCUGGGUAGGGAAUGCGAGAGGAAACAAAUAUGGCCGAAGACAUGUAAAGUUAGACGCUGAUAAAGACCUUAAUUUUUGGGACUUUAGUCUCCAUGAAAUUGGUGUUUACGAUAUCCCUGCUAUGAUAGAUUAUAUUCUACAACACACUGGAGAAAAAAAGCUACAAACCAUCGGACACUCGCAAGGGACGACAACGCAGUACGUACUGUUGUCGAAGCGACCAGAGUACAAUGAGAAAAUUGAAUUGUUUAUUUCUUUAGCCCCUGUGGCAUUUUUGACUGACUUAAGCCCACCAGUGUCGACCAUUGCGCAAUUUGGACCUACCCUAGCAGAAGCAUUCAAAUCUAUAGGCGUGGAACACGUGUUUCCUGAAAAAUCACCCGUGACUAACUUUGUAAGGUCAGUUUGCAGUCAAGACGUAUUCAGUUACGAAAUAUGCUUUUUGCUAUCCGGUUUUUAUUUGGUUGGGUUUGAUACAAAACGUUUUGAACCGGAGUUCUUAAAAGUAUUUAUAGGACACUAUCCUGGUGGGACUUCAAGGAAGAAUUUAAUGCAUGUCAAUCAGUUUGUGUUGAGCAAAAGGUUUUGUGAAUUUGACUAUGGACCUAAUGGAAACUUAGAUCACUAUGGUUAUCUUGUGCCUCCGGACUAUAAUUUAUAUAAAGUCACCACAAAAGUUGCGUUGAUAGUUGGUGAAAAUGAUGCGCUAUCUAAGGUAAAAGACGUAGAAAUACAACGAACAAUUUUACCUAACAUAGUGUAUUACCAUGUAAUGGAAGACAAAGAUUGGAAUCAUAUAGACUUUACUGUGGGCAAUGAUAUGAACGUUACCCUAUUUCCAUUUAUAUUUAAAUUAUUAGAU